AUGUUGCGUUUAACAGGAAGAACAGCACUCAGUGCCAAGCCGGUGUCGUUUGCCUCCUUGGCCGUUUCAAGUAACCGUUUUGUAUCCACCAAGGACUUGACGCCAAAGCCAUUGCAAACCGAUUUCCCAUUAAUUUCCCAACAACCUAAUUCUUCACCAUUAGACUAUGCUUUGACCUCUUUGGAUGUCAUCGCUAACUGGGCUAGAAAGUCCUCCUUUUGGCCUGUUACUUUCGGGUUGGCUUGCUGUGCCGUCGAAAUGAUGCACGUCUCCACUCCAAGAUACGAUCAAGAUAGAUUGGGGAUUAUUUUCAGAGCCUCUCCACGUCAAUCCGAUAUCAUGAUUGUUGCCGGUACUGUGACCAAUAAGAUGGCGCCAGCUUUAAGACAAGUUUUCGAUCAAAUGCCAGAUCCUAGAUGGGUCAUUUCUAUGGGUUCUUGUGCCAACGGUGGUGGAUACUACCAUUACUCGUACUCAGUGGUUAGAGGUUGUGAUAGAUUGGUUCCAGUUGAUGUUUACGUGCCAGGAUGUCCACCAACCGCCGAAGCUUUGAUGUACGGUGUUUUCCAAUUGCAAAAGAAGAUGAUGAAGACCAAACUUACCAGAUUAUGGUACAGAAAGUAG